GGCAUUGUCUCCGCACAAUGCUCCUUUAUUCUCCUGCUGUCCAUAGGGCACUGGCACCUGCCCCCAUCCUGUCUGGUGAGAAGCCGGAAGAGCACAAAGCUGUUAUACGUCUGUACACCUGAGCCCUCCAGAUGAGCCAUGGCCCGCAUCAUCGACCUGGUGCCCUGGGAAGAUGGCUGCGCCCACGUGUACGCCUCCCCCGCCAUCCUGCUCCCCGUGGAGCGCCCCCGCAACCAGCUGGCCAGCGUGAAGCAGCAGCUCUACCACCCCGCCCUACCCACCCUGCGCCGCAUGGACAUGGACACCGUCAAGGCCUGCCUGUCAGAUGAACACUGCCAGUCCACCACCUACUGCCGCAGAGAUGAGUUCGACAAUGCCCACUUCACACUCCUGGGUGUCCCCAACAAACCCUUGCAGUGCUUGGACAUCACCGCCACCGGCAGGAAGCUCUAUAACAGGUACCACGAGGGAAAGUUGGCCCCCAUCGCACCGGGCAUCAACCGGGUGGAUUGGCCCUGCUUCACGCGCGCCAUCGAGGACUGGUCUCACCUGGUGUCCUCGGCCAGCGAGUUCAAGCUGCCCUGCCCUAGCAAGAGGAUCGAGAGUUUCAGCAGCUACGCGGUGCGGCACUUGAAGCCAGAUGUGACCCAGAACUGGCGGUACUGCCUCAACCAGAACCCCAGCCUAGACCGCUACGGACAGAAGCCCCUGCCUUUCGACUCCCUGAACGCUUUCCGAAGCUUCGGCUCCCACUACAGUCGUGUCAACUACCUGAUCCCCUGGCAUUGAUCUGCAAAAAGGAUGCCAGCUUCCAGGCUGCCAGCUCGUGCCACUUCAGAUCCCCCAGUGGGACAGGGGGCAUAUGGUGGCACCACUC